AUGGGUCCGAAGAAGAUGUAAUGUUUGAUUACAAUUGGGUGGCCAACCCAGAAUCUCGAAAUAACUGUGGUAAUUAUAUCUAUGCCGACGAAGACAAUACUAGUGAUAAUGAAGGCAUUGUUGAUUUGACCUUAAAUAAUAGUGACAAUGGUAAUAAUGAAGAUGAAAGUGAUGGUAAUCACGAAGAUGAUAAUGAUAGUGAUAGCUUGGAUGAAGAAGAAAGAAGCAACGAUGGUUGUGAGGAUAGUAAUAAAAAUAACCCGAAUAAAGUUGAUGACCUGGAUGAUCAAGAAGAUGGGGAAGACACAUAUUAUGAAGAUGAAGCAAUAGAAUAUAGCAAUUUAUGGAAUUAG